AGCUAAAGCACCAUAACAAUCAACUCAAUAACUCAUUGCAAUUGCUAUGGCCUCAAUUUUGAAGACAUCCACUACCUUAUACACUCUAAUUCUUUCCUUCUUCUUCAUCCUCUUCCUUUCUUCCUCUGUUGCAGCUUCCUCCUUCUCAUAUAGCUCAUGCGACCUCACACCCUACCCUGCAUUCUGCACAACCACUCUGCCUCCUAACUAUUCAUCAUCCACACAUGACCAAACCCAUUUCUUCCUUCAACAAUCCUUAUCAAUAACAAAAACAAUUCAUGAACUAGUCUCUUCCUAUCUCACAAACCAAUUCAACAUUCCUGAAUCCACAUUACAUGCCCUUGAAGAUUGUCUCAAUCUAGCAGAACAGAACACUAAUUUCCUGUCCUCUGUUCUCCAAGCCAUAAAAAACAGAACUUUGACUAACCAUCAGGCUUAUAGUGAUCUGCAAACCUUGCUCAGUGCCGUUCUAACCAACCACCAAACAUGCUUAGAUGGUUUCCAUGAAGUAACUCCCUAUCCAAGAAUCACCAGUGCCUUAUCAAGCCCUCUUUCUGAUGGGGUCAAACUCUAUAGCAUAUCAUUAGCCUUUUUCACCCGUUUUUGGGUUAACAAUGCCACUGAAAAUCCCACAACAGAGAACCCAAUUGAAAAAAUUAUAACUAGAAAGCUGUUGCAGCAAAACAUUGACAAUGUGAUGGUGAGACAGAGGGUGGUGGUGAACCCAGAUGGGUCUGGAGAUUUCAUUACCAUAAAUGAUGCAGUGGAUGCUGCACCUAACAAUGCCGGCGCAAACAAUGGGUACUAUGUAAUUUAUGUUGUUGCUGGGGUUUACAAUGAGCACGUGUCUGUGGCUAGGAGCAAGGAGAAUCUGAUGAUGGUUGGAGAUGGCAUCAACCGCACGGUGAUCACCGGCAAUCGCAGCGUGGUUGAUGGGUGGACCACUUUUCAAUCAGCAACUUUUGCCGUGGUCGGAAAAGGCUUCGUCGCAGUGAACAUAACAUUCCGCAACACCGCCGGUUCCAUCAAGCACCAAGCCGUCGCCAUGAGAAACGGCGCCGACAUGUCCACCUUCUACAGUUGCAGCUUCGAAGGCCACCAAGACACACUCUACGCCCACUCCUUCCGCCAAUUCUACAAAAGCUGCGACAUCUACGGCACCGUCGACUUCAUCUUCGGCAACGCCGCCGCAGUUUUCCAAAACUGCAACCUGCACCCGCGCCUCCCCAUGCAGAACCAGUUCAACGCGAUCACAGCGCAGGGACGCAUAGACCCGAACCAGAACACCGGCUUCUCCAUUCAGAACUGUCAAAUUGUGGCGGCGAGCGAGUUAGGUGGCGGUGUGAAGACGUUUCUGGGUCGGCCUUGGAAGGAGUAUUCGAGGACGGUGUUCAUGGAGAGUUUCAUAGAUGGUGUGGUGGAUGCGAAGGGGUGGAUUGAAUGGUCAGGGGAUUUUGCGUUGAGAACUCUGUAUUAUGCAGAGUAUGCGAAUUGGGGACCAGGGGCGAAGACUAGUGAGAGGGUUACUUGGGAAGGGUUUCAUCUCAUUGGUGAGAAGGAUGCUGGUGAGUUUACUGUGGAUAGGUUUAUACAAGGUGAGGCUUGGUUGAAGAUGACAGGAGUGCCUUUCAAAGGUGGCUUAUAGUGAAUUCUUGGAGUGGAUGGUGAAAUUGGUUCCUGAAAGCGUUGGAUGCCGACGAGUUUGUUUGUCUUUAGAAGAAUGAAAUAAUCUCGCAAUUAGACAUGUGAGGUAUUUUGAAAGUUUAGAAAGAUGAAUUUGUCAGCAUCCAACACUUUCGGGGACUGAUUUGAUGAUUCACUUGAAUUCUUUUAGUGUUGAGAAAUGAUAUGGUAGCACAUCCAACAAAUGCUGCUAAGAGGCGAAAAGAAGAGAAGAGACACUAAUAGUUAUGAAUGUGGUAUAUGAAAAAAAAGGUAGAUGUUUAUGUAUUUGUAUGUUUAUUGUUUGGUGUUGGCUCAUGCACUUCAAAUUGAUUUGAUUCCCUUUCUAUUUUUUCAUAACUCUAUAUUGAGUGUGUGUUUGGAAAAUCUGCAUGGAUCUUAAGUGUGAUUCAUAUCUAGUAAAAGUAACAAAUAAUUGCUUUUGAAAA